AUGUCAUUGUAAAUGUAGCUAGCUAUUAUUAAAUAGUACGGAACAUAUAUAAUGCGCAAUGAUACAUAAAGAAAUAGAUUAUACUUAUGUUCAAUUUAUUCGGAAUUGGAAAGACUGUUAAGCGUCCUUUGGUCGCUUGAGAGGCGACAUGAUUAUUGGAGUAUAUUAUUAGUAUUAGAAUUAGUAUUCAACUCUGUGAUAACAACUUCAUACUUCAGCUUUUAGCCAAACAGAAACAUCUGUUGAGUUGCGGGACAUGGCACUCCUCCAGUGAGGUUUCUGAUAUUUCUAUUUUUUUUAAGACCAUGAACGUAUCGACGUGUGACGCAACUUCCUGUUAUCCAAACGAUAGCUGUAGUGUAACUUCACGUGAAGGUUGAGCAUUGGGAAAACGUCGUAUAUGUACGUCGUUUCAGUCAUCGUGCACAUUUGUACAGCCCUGGUUGACCUUGCUGCGAUGCAUUCACUUUCCCAGGAGAUCCAGGGUUUCUCUAAAAGCCGCCUAAGGAAACAGUGCACGCAUGUCACCACCAUCACGGGCAGGAAGCUGCUGGAGAGAAGGACUGAUGGGGGACAGGUGGAGGAGCUGGAAGGGGGAAGUGGAUGUGGAUUUGUGGAAGAUACAAGUCUGGACCUUCAGGUUGGAGUCGUGCGACCAUUCUUAUUGCUGGCCUCUCAGGAUGCAGCCCACGACAUGGACGUGUUGCAGAGAUAUAAGGUGUCACAUGUGCUGAAUGUGGCCUUCGGAGUGGCCAACGUAUUCUCAGAUCAGCUGGUCUACAAGACGCUGCGGAUCCUGGACCUCCCAGACACCAACAUCACGUCACACCUGAGCGAGUGUAGCUCUUUUAUAGAUCAAGCCCGGGAGCAGGAUGGCGUGGUGCUGGUCCACUGUAACGCCGGCGUGUCGCGAUCCUGCUCCGUCGUGAUUGGUUACUUGAUGCUGAGGGAGAGGCUGCUGUUUGAUGAGGCGUACCGUCAGGUGAAGCGGGCGCGGCCUUCGUGUCAGCCCAAUCCAGGCUUCUACCAGCAACUGCAGAGCUACACGCCACCAUGAGCAGCACGUCACAGACCAAAGAUGGUUUAUGGCACCAGAUGCCUCUCAGCAGGGCCGCCCCCGGCCAAAUUUUAUUUGGAGGACCCCUCUCCCAUUAUAAAACGACUGUAUCACAAAUAGGACGCCACCAGGAAUUUUGCUAUUUGCUAGUUGGAGUAAUGAAUGCAUGGGAAACAUUGUUGAAUAAGUGAUGUUUAGUGCAAUUAGGUCUGUCACGAUAACACAUUUUGCUGGUCGAUAAUUGUGCUACAAAUUAGUAGCAGUAAGACUUCCUGUCUCCUUCAGGCCAAACUCCUGCCAUCCGCAGAUAAAGACAAUGACUCGA